CGACGCACUGUGCUGAGAGCUGAGGACACAUGGACCUGGGCGAAGUUUUUCAUCCCAGCCUGGCGGCGGCGCUAAUGAAGCUGGAUCCUGAAGACGGCGAGAUAAUGGAAUAUUUUCACACUCACGCUCUGCUCACCAGAGAGAAAGCUCUGCUACAGGCGUCCAUGCGCGAGCAGAAGAAGCUGCUGGUGGAAAACGGCAAACUGAAGAAAGACAUCGAGCAGCUGAGAUUUCAGCUUCAGGACAAACAAAGAAGACGUGUCGCUAAGGCCCUCCUCACACCAAACCACGCCCCUGGCACGCCUGUCAAUCAACUCCCUCCAACCACUGGUUCCGGGGCUGCAUCCUCGCCCCCCUCAGGCGUCCUGGAUCAAUGGAGCAAGGUGACUUGCAGGCAGAAAGGAGCCAAGAGAGCUCCCACUGCUGCGCUCCGAUUGGGCGGGGAGCUUCCACUGGACGUGUCCCGCCUUGACCUGCGAGUCGGGCGGAUCUUAAGCGUUGGCCCACACCCGCUAGCAGAAAACCUGGCCGUCCAAGAAGUGGACGUGGGAGAGAAGGCCCCCCGCACCAUUGUCAGCAAACUACCAAGAAAGGAAAUUGAUGGCGCUCUUGUUGUGUUGCUGUGCAACAUUAAGUCCUGCAAACUGAAGGGAGUGGCUUCGCAGGCCCGCCUCUUGUGGUGCUUUCAAUCCGACCACGCUGUUGAGCCAUUGGCCCCGCCCACAGGCUCCAACCCUGGAGACAGAGUCACCUGCCUGGACUUCCCCGGUGAGCCUGACCGAGAGCUGCAGUCCAAACAGCGAGUGUGGGAGCAUGUUCAGCCCAGCCUGCAGGUGAAUGCAAGGGGUGUGGCCAACUACAAGGGGUGUGGCUUACAGGUGAAGGGGAAGGGGCUGUGUCGGGCGCAGUCCUUCACCAACUGCAACAUCAAAUAGAAAACAGAAAAUAAACAAGCUUCUUGUCUUUUCAA